UUCAUUAAUUUUUAACAUGGGAUACCUUGUUGGUGUUUGCAGUAAAUCCACUAACCAGAUGUCCUUGGUCGCCUCCUCUGUCUUCUGACAAGCAGUCAGUAUUGCCAACGCCCAUCCUUCCAAACUCACACUCCACCUCUCACGCCUGACUCAUCACUCUUUCUUGCUUGUAUCUAUCAACUUUUUGGACACAGAGGUAAAGAUGUCCUGGCUGUGUGCAACGACCCUCCUCGGUCUCGCGGCCGUUCUUCUUGCUUUGUCCUUGUCUUCAGGGGCAGAUUGUGCGCUUUUGCUCAGUACGGCGAAGGAUCCACGAGGUCCGAUAAGAAGGAUCUUCAUGCGGGAGGCCGAUGCCUUGAACUUCUUUAGACAGCGCAGCAGACGAGGAGUGAAGUCACAGGAUGAGAUUAACGCUGAGCACAGACAGAUCCUGGCUGCAGAUGAACGCAGGAGAGAGUUCCAUGAGGAAAAGCGUAAUGAGUUUGAGAGCUACGCUGAAGAGGACCACGACGAGCAAAACGAGAGAAGCAGAGAGCACUGA